GUCUGAUCCACAGCGCAUAAAGAGCGCUGCCGCGGAGAGUGCAGGUCGAACGGCACGAAUGAGCGACGCACGCUGAAGAUAUUUAAAAAGAAAGAUGAAGAUUACCCUCUGCGUUUUCCUGUCCAUUACAGCAGGGAGUGUCUAUGGCCAGGUUAAACUGCAUGAACGUGUGGGACGGAGCGUGGAGUUCCCAACCGAAGUGAAGAACAGCGGGAAUAUGAUGUACCUCAGUAAGGUAAUUGCACACGUGAUCAGCGGUGCAAGAAGGCCACUCUCUAACGAGUACGAUAGCAGACUGCAGUGGGACAACCGCACUGGAUUAUUCUCCCUCUCCGGGCUCAAGAUGGAGGACAAAGGAGAGUAUAAAGUUGUGAGAAACGAUGGGACUCCUGUAGAGGUGAAAUACCAGCUGAAGGUGUAUGUCCCUGUGUCAAAACCCCACAUCAGUGUCAUUAGUAAUAAAUAUCGCUGCAAAUUAAAGUGCACUGUGGAGAGAGGGACAGACGUGAACCUGACCUUGUAUAGAGAGGGAGAGGAGGAGCCAUACAGCAGCUCUGAUCCUCUCGAUGCUCCGUAUCUGAAACUACCUGUACCUGUGGAGGGUGGCACCUACACCUGUGAGGCAAAUAACUCUGUCAGUACUGAGAGAUCAGCCCCACUGACUGUGGGAGACCACUGCACAGAUGGAGCUGCAGGCAGCUGGCAGACGGAGGGCUGUAGAGUGUGGAGCCUGGCUCUUGGGCUUGUUGUGAUGCUGAACAGCCUUCUGGUCUAAACCUGGUGGGGGAGAAUGAACUUUGACCCCUGGAAGGGUAGAUGAGUCAGAGCUGCAGAGGGCCCAGCAGGUUUCUGUUCUCCUGUCAUCCUCCACCUCAUGGGUCUAACUCUGUCCUGGGGGCCCCCGUGUCUGCUGCCUGCCCCCUCUGUCUGUUC